AUGAAGACCAAGAACCGACCUCCCCGACGCAGGACACCCAUGCAGGACACAGAAGCCACCCCUGGAGAGCAGACUCCUGACAGACCCCAGUCAGGCUCAGGGGGGUCGGAGCUGACCAAGGGUCUUCGGAGUAGGACUGCCCGUGCAGGUGGAGCGAGAGCAGAGGUCAACCGCCGGCGACAGGGGUCUGGGAGCCGCAGGGAGAACAGUGUUCAGAGGCGGCUGGAGAGCAAUGAGCGGGAAAGACAACGGAUGCAUAAACUCAACAACGCCUUCCAAGCACUGCGUGAGGUCAUCCCGCAUGUACGGGCCGACAAGAAACUCUCCAAGAUCGAGACUCUCACACUGGCCAAGAACUAUAUCAAGUCACUGACCGCCACCAUACUCACUAUGUCCAGCAGCCGCCUUCCGGGGCUGGAGGGGCCGAGUCCUGCACCAGGCCCUAAACUCUACCAGCACUACCAUCACCAGCAGCAGCAGCAGCAGCAGCAGCAGCAGGUGGCUGGGGCGACACUGGGUGCCACCGAAGACCAGCCCCAAGGCCACCUGCAACGGUACUCUACACAGAUCCACAGCUUCAGAGAGGGGAGCUAGCACCCGCUUUGGGCUCUGGGGUGGGUUGACAGUGCUGACCUGGCCUGCUCAUCUUAACUCUGGUCCCUUCAUGCCACAGACCCGACUGAUGAUGACACUAUUGAGGUUGUUUAGGGGAUUUUGUUGUUGACCAGAGACUCUUGUGUGGCCCAGGCUGGCCUGGAACUCCUCAUCCUGCCUCCACCUUCUCUAUAGCUGGGAUUACAGGCACGCAUCACCACAUGGUGUGGUGCUAGGGACUGAACCAAGGGCUCUGUGCAUGCUAAACAAGCAACGAGCUACAUCCCGCAGCCCAAGGUUCAGUCUAGAGACUUCAUUUUCCUUGAAAUUCAUCUCAGCCACCAACAUGGGGCAGUUUUUCCUAGCCACCCAGGGGACAGUGUCAAAUCAUAUUGAGGUCCAAAUCUCUGGGGAAAGCCUGCCCAGUCCCUGUAGCUCUUUCUACAAAAUAGGCAGGAUGGGAAAGUACUUGCCUUCCUCACAAUUCUUUUUAUGUGUGGUAGCCAAGGGGCAAUUCCAGGGAGAACUUGACUUACAAAUGUCCCUGCUACUGCUGAGCCUAAAACCCACCCUGUAUUGUGGGGCUACAUGGAGGCUGGGCCCAAAGUGUCACCCAAGGCUCACCAGGGACUAUUGCAAAGCCAAGAUGGCUCUUGUUCUGCAGGAGCCAAUCUUGGCAGCCCAGAUAACCUGGGCCCAACUCAACAGCUGGGUUAGAAAGGCCUCAUAGGACUUGACAUGGAUAAGGGGGGGUCUCUGUUUUUCCCAAGUGGAGUUCUGGAAAGUUAAGUACCUCAGGCUGUGGCUUACCAAAGCCUGAGUGGGGCCUGGGAUCUGAGGCCCUGUGUGGAGACCAGGCAGGGUCUUUAUGAGGAGGACCCUCAAGCCGCUGUACAGGGAUAGACUUGCUCUGGACCUUUUGCAGGCUUCCCACACCUGUACCCCCGGCCUCCAUCCCAGGGGCGCACCGCCAUGCUUAGUAGUUUUCAUUUGUCUCGCCUUUGCCCCUGGUGUAUGGCUGCCACGUGUUUUUCCACAGGCUCAUGGGACUUAGCUCUUGGUACCUUUGGUGUUUUCUCUGAGGCGGAAGCUGGAGUGACAGGCUUGCCCCUCCCCCAAGCUGGUCAUUAAUAACGAGGAUUGAGUGGUUGGCAGCUAGCUUCCUCAAGCCCAGCUUCCUUCUGUGGGGCGUUCCUGCUCCACUGGAUCUGCCAGGCUUCACUACUUAGCUGUCAGCUGCCUCUCCUUCCUCCCUUGUCUUUCUACCCAGAACUGUCCUGGGGUUUCUUGGGGUCAGUGCCCCCCCCUUUUUUUAGAGUGACAGGAAUCUCACUAUAUGUAGCUCAGAUUGGUCACAAAUUAUGCAGCCCAGGCUGGUUUUGAACUUGUGCUUAGCCCACUCCUGCUUCAGCCUCCUAGGCACUGUGAACAUAGGUAUAGGGGGACAGCCCUGGUGCUCCAUGAAACAGGUGAUAGCUACACUGGGCCUGGGGGUGUUGAUCUCUCCAUCUCAGUGAGACUUGGGUUUUGGUCUGGUCCUUUCACAGAUCAUAGGUUGGGUAGACUGAAAGCCUUUGUGUUUGUGAUUCAGGGAUGGUUACUGGGAAAGGUCAAUAGUUAGGGAAUUUGCCAAUGUGAGCUGAGGCCAGGCACAACUCCAAGUUGGAAAGACGGAGCCCAGAUAUUCCUUGCUGUGGGGACCUGCCCAGUGGAACACAAGAGGCCUCUGCUGAUGGGACAGUACUACAAACCCAGUGGCUGGCUUCCAGAUGAGCCAAGGCCAGAGCUCAGCUCCUUUUGCUGGAUCUUGCCUAGAAGCACAGGAGGAAGGGAAGAUAUCCAGCCAAACUUCUGCCCUAAGCCCAGGGCUGUCCAGGGUCACUGCCUUGCAGGACCACAGCCUUGUGGCUCUUUGUGCCCCCCGUGAGCUGGUCCUUGCACCACUCCCUGCUUCC